GAACUUCGGUGAAGCCGAUCCUCAUCAACGGUGCUGCUCGAUGAGCGAUACUGGAAACUGAUCAAACCUGGGAUGGCACCCACAACGGAGUCAAGACUGAACGUGGAGGCUUUGAGUAAGAGCGAUGUGCUGGUACUCUUCAGUGUUCUGGAAGGGGAGCUGGAGGCCAGAGACUUUGUCAUACAGGCACUCAGGGCACAGCGCAGAGAUUCCUAUAUGUGGGAGCGAUAUGGCAAAUACAACCUGAGCGAUCCCUUCCUGGCCCUGCAGAGAGACAGUGAGGUCCUCCAGAGCUCCAGCCAGGCCAGGGGAGACGGAGGAGGUUCCUCUCAGAGACAAGAGGGGGUCUGUGGGGCCACGGCUCGCUCGGAUCCUUUGGCGGUGCUGAAGUUGGUGGUUGGACACUGCAGAAGGAUGCAGGAGAAGAUGCUGAAACAGCUGGCAGCUGCAGAGAGCAGACACAUGAGGGUCAUUGCUGAUCUGGAGGAGGAAAAGAGAAGGCAUGCUGAAGAUACUGCAGAGGGAGAUGAUGUCACUUACAUCCUUGAGAAGGAGAGAGAGCGCCUCCUGCAGCAGUUGGAAUUUGAAAAGUCGAGGACGUCUCAGAUGGAGCGGGAGAACAAACGGCUGCACGAUCAGUUAGAAGAUGAGCGUGUCCAGCAUAAACAGCUCAUAACGGCACUAAGUCGGGAAUGCAAGCGUUCCGGCUCCCGUGCACAUGAGGAGUCCCAGCGUGCCAAUGAACUCAGCCAUCGCCUUGAUCGCGAACGAGCAUCCAACCAGACUCUGUUGGCGGAGCUGGAGGAAGAAAAGAUGCGGGCUAUGCAGAUGGAGGCCAGAAGAGAGGAGCUAUUGGCCGAGAUUGACACUGAAAGAGAGCAGCUUGGGCUGAGAUUACGAAAGGAGGAAGCACGUUGCAAGGAGCUACAGGAAGAAUUGGAGAUGUCGAGGAGAACGAUGAGCAACGGAGCUUUUGAGACAAUUGUGGAGAAAUCAAACAAGACCCAACCAAAGAUGAAUGGACACCAUGUUCCAGCAGAAGAAGAUGGGCACUCUGAGAGGCAAAGAAAGGAGAAUGUACCAGAAAAUCAAGCCAUCUCUCCUGACAUGCCCGGUCUACAAGCUGCGUACCAAGCUGGCAUCAACCAGCGCUUCCAUGCAGCACGUCAUAAAUUCCAAUGCACCCCUGAUCCUGAUACCCAGACCAUCCCCUCCCCUCCACCUGGUGCACAUGACCUCUCUCCCAUUGUUGCCCAUGUAGCUCAACCAAACAGCACUUCUCCUAAACAGGUCACCCGCAGCACGGUCACCCACGCCCUGAGUCGUUUCAGCACUCAGCAAGGUUCCAGCAAACCUGCCGCCCCCAACAGCUCCCCUUACGGCACAGAUUACCGCACCUUGGCCCAUUCCGGGAUGAUGUCUCCCACUAUCAGGUCUCCAACUAUUCCCAGAGCCGAGAGAGGAAACCCACCCCCGAUCCCACCCAAGAAACCAGGCCUCGCUGAAACUCCACCUUCUCCGGCCACUCUCCGAGCUAAUUGUGGACGCAUCAAUAACCCAGACAACAACAAAGAACCAGACCUGUUGCUGUCGUUUAACAGCUAGCAAGCACAAAGCAUCAUGAAUAUGAUAUUUCAUACUCUACAAGGCCAAAAUUAUGUGGACAUUGUCUUUUAAUUAACAAGUUUGGCUAUUUCAGUAAUUUCAGUGAAGACAAAUCUUAAUGCUACAGAAUAUAAAGGAGGACCAACUUUCUAUUAAUGCCGAUGGUUUUGAAAUGUAAAGAAUGUUCUGCGUUCAAAGCCAUUUAAGCUCAAUUAACAACAUUUGUGGCAUAAUGUUAAUUACCAUAAAAACGUUUUGAAUCAUCCCUUGUUUAUUAAAAAAAAAAAAAAAAAAAAAGAAUCAAAAAUUGCAGUUGCAGUAAGUAAUUUAAAGUGGAAGGGAAUGGGGCCAACCCAUAAACACUCAAAUAAAUGCUGUUUCGAAAGUAUAGCCACAAAACUUAAAAAUUAGGUGUAAAACAUAAUUUUAGUGUAGUAAAAUCAGGAAUUUACCAGCGUUAUGGCAUUUACCAGAUUACAGGGUUUGCAUGUUACAUCGUCAUGACAACCAAGUUGUAAUAUUGGAUAUAUAUUUACACAGAUAAGAUUAGUAAGCGAUUUUAUCAAGCUAAAAUCAUGUUAACAGGCAUAAUGUUUGUGUCUUGUGGCUAUACUCUUGAAACCGUGUGUAUUUUAACAUUUAUGGACUGGCCCCAUUUACUUCCAUUGCGAGUGCCUUACUGCAAGCACAAUUUUUGCUUUUUUGCUUUUUAUAAAUGAGGGUUGAGUCUAAAUUAUUCUUUGUGGUAAUUCAAAUUCGGCCAUAAAUGCUAUUGAUUAAGCUUAAUUUGUAUUGAACCCAGAACAUUGCUUUAAAUGCUCAAAAAACACAUGCAUGUUGUGUUGGGCUGUCUAUAUACUGUACUUUUGGACAUAUAUAGACAUUUUGGACGCAUGACCAUGAACUUGUCAAACACUGUUUGUUAUUUUUUGUAGAGGACAUUUCAGGAUCUUUUAAUCAUUCAAACAUAUAUUAUCUUUUGUAACAUUGCAAUGAUAAUCUCAUUGGUGUUUGCAUGACAUUUAACAUUAUCAGAUGCAUUUUAAUUGUGUGCAUGAAUUUAAAAACAUAUUAUACAUUCUGUAUGUUACCAAACCCUACAUGACAAAGUCACUUGAUUUACACUGACAAUCUGGAACCAACUUUUAUAAAUAGAUUAUAUUUAUAUAUUUGACAAAUAUUUAUAUACAGUAUACAGUAUACACGAGAUGACAUCUGAAUAGUUUCAUUUUAAUUUCUCCCCCCAGUUAUCUAGUUUAUACACUGAAUUGUAUAUUUAACAGACUGCAUGUACAAACAAUGAAAUGCUUUCUCACAAAAGCAGUUUGUUUUUGUAGAUCUAAAAAAUUCAAUUUAAGCCUAAAAUUUUACAUCAAUUUUUACGUGCUUGCUCUGAAUCAUAUAAAUUGCACACUUGUAUCACCUUGUUCCUGGAACAUUCUGUUUAUUUUAGACAUUUCUUUUUGGGAUCAUCUGUUUGCUGAUAUGUAUGUUAUUUUUCAUAAACCAAGAUUAUUGUACUUAAUUAAUUUAGCAUAUAAUUGAUUGUUAUAAUAUUAUGCUUGUUGGCAUGGGUUGAAACAAAGUAUUAUGGAUUACAUGUAAAUUGCAUUAUAUAAUGCCUUAACCCAGCCAGGAGGGGGCACUGGCUGGUAAAGUAGCACAUACAGGUACAGUAUCACCCAUCCUCAGCCAUUCAUAGCCUAUGUUAAGAAUGGAAUACUAGCAGACUGCAUACAGCACAGUAUACACUGUAUACUUAGUGCCUACUGUUUUUAUAAUUCUAUUUGGAACGGUAUGCAUUUUGCAACAAUAUUUUGUUAUCAUAACAUGAAAUAAAAUCAUAUAUUUUUAA